AUGAUAGAACCCUACGAGAUAAUCGAAGAUAAUUUUGAUGAUUAUCUUGGUGAUUUUAACUAUGAAAUUGCAGAAAAUUCGAGAACCUCAACAGAAACCUUUUCAUCAACAACUAUUAGACCAACCAAUAUUCAAACAAGUUCUAACUUUUUUACUUCUCUGAAAAGCAAAAAUAAAG